UAUAUGUUAUGCAUCACAACUGACAUUUACUUCAGUGUUUGCAACUCUUCCUUGCCUUGGGUGCCUAUGGGAAUGAAAAGGAGAUGCUGUCAACUACCGUCGUUCAUUCUCUUGUGUGCACUUGUGUUUCUUCAAACCUUCAGACUUGGCUUCUGCUAUGAGAGUUCUAAGGUGGCGGCAGGUUGCAUAGAAGCUGAGAAGAAAGCACUUCUCAAAUUCAAAGGUGGUCUCACGGACCCCUCGUUCCAGCUCUCUUCUUGGGUUGGAGACAAUUGUUGUGCAUGGAGGGGCGUGAUUUGCGACAACAGAACAGGGAACGUUGUGAAGCUGAAACUCCAAAAUCCAUUUCCAAGGAGUAUUGAUACUGAUGGAAUGGAUUAUGAAUUGGGAGGCGCGAUUAGUUCGUCUUUGCUGGACUUGAAGUACUUGAGGUAUUUGGACCUUAGCAAGAAUAACUUUGAAGGCAAACGAGUCCCAAAUUUCUUUGGAUCUUUCUCAAAGUUGAGGUAUCUCAAUCUCUCUAGAACGUCUUUUGGUGGGGCAAUCCCACAAAGUUUGGGAAACCUUUCUGGCUUGCUUUACCUAGAUCUCAGCAAUAACUUUAUAGAAUUAGAGGGCAAGGAUUUGAAUUGGGUAUCAAGUCUUUCCGAUUUGAGAUACCUAAAUUUGGGAGGUGUGGACUUGAGCAAUGUCUCAUCUCACUGGCUUCAAACUAUUAAUUUGCUUCCUUCCCUUGUAGAAAUACACUUGCCUCAAUGUCAGCUUCUUAACCUCCCGCCAUCUCUUCCAUCUAUUAACUUCACAGCCCUUUCAGUGCUCAAACUUUCAAGGAAUGGCUUCAACUCCACAAUACCUCACUGGUUAUUUAAUCUCAGCUCCCUAUCGCAACUUGACCUAAACUCCAACAAUCUCCAAGGUAGGCUUCCAGACACAUUUGAAGAACUUAUUUCCCUCCAAAAUCUUGAUCUCUCACAGUAUACUUACCUGGGAGGUGAGUUGCCGCCAAGUUUAGGAAAGCUUUGCAAUUUGCAGACAUUGAAGCUUUCCAUGAACAAUAUCAGUGGUGAGGUAACUGAACUCAUUAGCACGUUAUCAAGAUGCAAUAAAAGCAGGUUAGACACGUUGGACUUGGGAUAUAACACACUGACAGGAAGGCUCCCUAAUUCAUUAGGAUACUUAAAGAAGUUGAGGGACCUUCAACUGUGGAAGAACAUGUUUAGAGGUUCAAUUCCCAAUUCUAUUGGAAACUUGUCUUCCUUGCAGUACUUGUACCUCUCGGACAAUGAAAUGAGUGGUAGCAUCCCUGGUAAUCUUGGGCAGCUCUCAUCAAUGAUAGUGCUAGAUCUCUCAGAGAAUUCUUGGCAAGGUGUUAUAACUGAGACCCAUUUUGCAAAUCUCUCAAGCUUAAAAGAGUUGCAAAUGACAAAACAUUCACCAAAUAUUUCAGUGAUUUUCAAAAUUGAUCCUCGUUGGCUUCCACCUUUCCAACUUAGAUACAUCAACAUCAAAGCAUGCCAAUUGGGUCCCAAAUUUCCCACAUGGCUUGAAAAUCAAAAUUAG